GGCACUCAAACCCCUGCAGAACGCGACGUCGUUCCCGAGCUUCCGUCUGGACCUGCUUUGGCCGCUGCAAGUCAUGGAGAUGCUUUCCAUCAACACCACGCUCCAGGUGCAGAACGUCCUCCUGAAUCAGGCGUUGAGAAUGUUCGGAGACCAAUGAGGCGUCGCGCUUCGACUUGUUCACAUGUCGCUAUCGACCACUUUGACCCAGAGGGCGUGAAUGAGCUGCGACGCACUCUGACACAACAGACGCAGCAGAGCGCUGCGGCGCUCUCUACACAUUCACUUCCGUUCCGUCGCGUCCGCGAACAGCCCAGUAUGGUACCCUCGUCUGCGGGCAGUACUGCGGUUUCCGAGGUCGUCGGUCCGGAUGCUGAAGCCUUUGAUUUUGAGCAACAUUUGAAGGAUAUGGUCCAACUAGGAAGCGAACAUAGCAUACAACCUCGUGAACUCGGUGUUGUCUUCCAGAAUCUUCGCGUGCAAGGUCUCGGGUCGACAGCGAGCUACCAACCCACUGUUGGCUCCCAGUUAAAUCCGUUUUUGGCUCUCGAGAAGAUAAGGAAUGCAAUUCACCCUCCAGUACGCGACAUUAUUUCUGGCUUUGAAGGCGUGGUCAAUCCUGGCGAGAUGCUUCUUGUACUGGGUCGUCCUGGCGCUGGUUGCUCUACACUGCUCAAGACACUAUCAAACCAACACGACGAAUACGCCGAUGUUUCCGGUCUACUUCACUUCUCGUCUUUUACUCCAAAGCAGAUUCACAAGCAUUACCGUGGCGAUGUCGUCUAUUGUCCUGAGGAUGACAUUCAUUUCCCAACUCUUACUGUGGGUGAGACAGUAGGCUUUGCGGCUCGCACGCGUAUGCCGUAUAGGGCGGCACGGCUUCCCGGCGUCAGUCGUCAGCAGUUCACCAAUAAAUUGGUAGAGAUCCUCGGCACGGUCUUUGGUUUGAGACAUGUCAAGAACUCCAAAGUCGGAAAUGCUGCUAUACGGGGCGUUAGUGGCGGUGAACGCAAACGUGUAUCAAUCGCAGAAGCACUUGCUAUUCGCGCGAGGUUGGGUGCGUGGGAUAACUCUACACGCGGUCUGGAUGCCUCCACUGCUCUGGAAUUCGUUCGCGCAUUACGCAUUGCCACGGACAAUUUAGGCCUUACAUCAAUUGUGUCAAUCUACCAAGCUUCGGAGUUGCUCUACAAUCUUUUUGACAAGGUGUGCGUUAUCAACGAAGGUCGUAUGGUUUACUUCGGACCGGCAAGCGAUGCACGGAAGUAUUUCAUUGAACAAGGAUGGGAGCCCGCGAAUAGACAGACAACUGCGGACUUCCUUGUUGCUGUCACCGAUCCAGGUGGGCGUACGGUGCGCGAUGGGUACGAAGCGCGUGUCCCACGCACUGCAGACGAGAUGGUUUCAGCAUUCCAGAGGCACUCACUAGCGCAGCAAAAUCGUCAAGAGAUAGCGGAGUUCCUUGCUACAAAUGUCAUUACUGACGUUGACCCCGAUGAUCCACUCGCCGGAAAGGGACUCCCCAGCGUUCCCGCUCUAUCAAAGGAAGAGAAGGAAAUCAGGCGUAGAUCAUACGUUCAAUCUGCGCAAGCAGAACGAGCGAAACAUGCACGCCCUGAGAGUCCGUAUACGAUCAGCAUUGCCAAUCAGAUCCGCGAGGUGAUGGUUCGGAGAGUACAAAUCCUAAAGGGCGAUUGGACGGCCUCGGUUAUCACUGCCGUGUCGUAUAUCUUCCAAGCGAUCAUUAUGGGUACAAUCUUCUUUAGGCUUGCGGAUUCGACGAGCGCGUACUUUUCGCGUGGUGGUGUGCUCUUCUUUGCUGUUCUCUUCGGUGCUCUGUCAUCCAUGGCUGAAAUUCCUGCUCUUUACGCUCAGCGGCCGAUCGUCAACAGACAUGCAAAAGCUGCGAUGUACCAUCCGUUUACGGAGGCUGUCGCUCUUACUCUGGUUGAUAUACCAAUUACAUUCAUCACGCUCAUCAUUUUCUCGGUCAUCCUCUAUUUCCUAGUCAAGCUCCAACAAUCUGCUAGCCAGUUCUUCAUUUUCUUCCUCCUAGUCUUCACUGUGACAUUGACAAUGAAAGCUUUCUUCCGUACACUUGCCGCAGCAUUCAAGCGGGAAUCGGGAGCACAGGCUGUAGCUGGUGUUGCGACUCUCGUUCUUGUUCUCUACACCGGCUAUACAAUUCCGAAACCGACGAUGAUUGGUGCACUGAAAUGGAUUACUUAUAUCAAUCCGCUCCGAUACGGUUUCGAGGCUAUCCUGACAAAUGAGUUCUCUACGCUCGAUGGGACGUGUGCUUCCCUUGUUCCAAGUGGCGCAGGAUACGAGAAUGUCAACCUCGUAAACCAAGUGUGCACAACUGUCGGGUCUAUCCCGGGCCAGGCGACCGUCGAUGGUAAUCGCUUUGCACAAAUUUCAUACGGCUAUUCACGGUCAAAACUCUGGAUGGACUUUGGAAUCGAGGUCGCCUUUUUUGCCGGCUUCUUCGCUUUACUCUUAUUCUUCACCGAAUUUAACACGGCCAGUGCGUCAGAUACGGCUGCAACGCUAUUCAAGCGUGGAUCGAAUGUGUCGCAUAUCGUUGAAUCUAGCGCAACAUCCUUGGACGAAGAAAAAGGUACAGUGAAGCCCGAGGACCCGGUGAAGAGAGAAGAAUCUCCGGAGGAAGUUGAAAAGGCAUUGGAGGCGACACCUGAGAUGACCGAUAUCUUCUCGUGGCAGAACUUGCGUUACACUGUUCCCAUUGGGAAGGGUGAAACGCGUCUUCUGUUGGACGACGUCUCGGGCUAUGUCGUCCCCGGAAAGCUGACUGCACUCAUGGGUGAAUCCGGUGCUGGCAAGACAACACUUCUAAACGUCCUUGCCGGCCGCACAGACACAGGUGUGAUCUCCGGUGAUCGGUUUGUCAAUGGUCAAGCACUGCCACAUGAUUUCCAAGCACAGACCGGUUAUUGCCAACAGAUGGAUACGCACUUACCCGAGACUACCGUCCGCGAAGCAUUGCUGUUCUCUGCGAAGCUUCGUCAGCCACGGUCUGUCCCGCUUUCGGAGAAGGAAGCUUACGUCGAGACAUGUUUGAAGAUGUGCGGACUUGAGGCUUACGCCGAUGCUAUUGUCGGAUCUCUUAAUGUGGAGUACAAGAAACGGACAACGAUCGGAGUCGAGUUGGCUGCAAAGCCGAAGCUCUUACUGUUCUUGGACGAACCUACAAGUGGGUUGGACAGUCAGUCUGCCUGGGCUAUCAUGGCUUUCUUGCGCGAUUUGGCAGAUCACGGACAAGCCAUUCUCUGCACCAUCCAUCAGCCUUCGUCUGAGUUGUUCCAGGUCUUUGAUCGUUUGUUGCUUCUUCGGAAGGGAGGACAGACGGUGUACUUCGGCGAUCUCGGAAAGAACUGUAUGACAAUCAUUGACUACUUUGAGAAGAACGGCGCUCGAAAAUGCGAGCCUCAGGAAAAUCCUGCCGAAUGGAUGCUCGACGUCAUUGGUGCUGGUGCAACUGCAACUUCGACGAUCGAUUGGCACAGCGCGUGGAUGAAAUCCGAUGAGGCAACCAAGUUCAAGGCCCAACUCGAUGAGAUUCAUGAGGAGGGCCGGAAGAAGCCGCCCGUUCAGGCUACGCAGAAGUCGGAAUUUGCGACAUUGUGGGGCUACCAGUUUUACGUGCUUACGGCCCGUGCCUUCCAAGCCUAUUGGCGCAACCCAACGUACAUUAUGGCAAAACAGUUCUUGAACAUCGCUGCUGGGUUGUUUAUUGGCUUUACGUUCUUCAAGGCAAAAGAUUCGAUCCAGGGCACUCAGAACAAGCUUUUUGCGAUUUUCAUGUCGACCAUUCUUGCUGCUGCGCAUGCUAACACAAUUCAAGUCAUCUUUAUUGAUGUUCGCAAUGUCUAUGAAGUGCGCGAACGUCCGAGCCGGAUGUACAGUUGGUCUGCACUCUUAACGUCGCAACUGGCUGUUGAAAUUCCUUGGAACAUUUUCGGUGCAACACUUUUCUUCUUCUGUUGGUACUGGACAGUCGGUUUCGAGUCGGGCCGUGGUGGAUAUACGUAUCUCAUGCUCGGCAUCGUUUUCCCGCUUUAUUACACGACAUUUGCUCAGGCAGUUGCGGCGAUGGCCCCGAGUGCCGUUAUCGGUGCUGUUUUGUUCAGCACAUUGUUCUCUUUCGUCAUCUCUUUCAAUGGUGUAUUACAGCCGUUCAGAAAUUUGGGAUGGUGGAAGUGGAUGUACCGCGUAUCGCCUUUCACCUAUCUUAUCGAAGGUACCCUUGGGCAGGCUGUCGGGAAAUUGGAAAUAAACUGCUCUGCACCCGAGUUUAACACUAUUACCCCUCCCUCCGGCCAGACGUGCUCUCAAUAUAUGAACCCGUACAUCUCUCGCGCAGGAGGGUACUUACUCAACCCGGACGCGUCGACCGACUGCCAGUUCUGCGCGUAUCGCACAACGGAUGAGUUCCUCGAGACGUCGUUCAAUAUUUUCUAUUCGAAUCAUUGGAGGGACUUCGGGUUGAUGAUGGUCUACAUUGGAUUUAACAUCGCGAUGAUUUACGUCUUGACUUACAUUUUCCGUAUCCGCUCACGGCGCUAGACUAAAAGACUGCUCACACAUACUUAUUCUCACUCCUCCGAUAAUCAACCUUACAUCUCUCGUAGAUACAAAUUUCUAGAAACUUCUGAUUAUUUGUUUUUUUCACUUGCCAUGAUAUUUUUAUGCUCUUUUGACGAGUUCUUACUACGGACACUUGAUUAGACGAAGCUUAAUUGUCAAAUAGUUGAUAGCAGUAUACG